AUGCCGCUGUUCGUACGCGUGUCGGCGACGGACUGGCUGGAUGAGGCGUUCCCGAACGAUACGUGGACGGGAGAGGAUACCGUCAAGCUUGCGGGCAUCCUGGCGGAGCACGGUGUCGACCUAUUUGACGUGUCGAGCGGCGGCAUCCAUCCGCAGCAGAAGAUCAAGACCGCCCCACUCGCGAAUCAGAUUCCGUACUCGCAUGCGGUGCGGAAGGCCCACGGGAACAAGAUUCUUGUCGGGGCUGUAGGCAUGAUCAAGACGGGUAAGUUUGCACAGGAGAUUCUGGACGAGGGCUCCGCGGACGUCAUCUUCGUGGGACGCCAGUUCCAGAAAAACCCUGCAACCGUGUGGGCGUUUGCUGAGGAGCUGGGGGUGGCGAUUGCGGUGGCAAACCAGAUUGAGUGGCCGUUUGCUGGGAGAGGCAGGAGCGAUGGGAAAAGGACAGGCGUUGGGUCGCACUUGUAG